AUUCAUCUUUCCAAAAAAAAAGCGUAAAGUGCCUGAAACUUUCCGAAAUGUUCCGAUCAGCAUGUCGGGUUCUGGCGUUCGUCCUCUUCCUCUUCUAUGUGAUCGGUUCGGUUCGGAGCGAGGAGCUGAGUUUCGAACUUCCUGACAAGGAGAAGAUGUGUUUCAAUGAAGUUGUUCGCCAAGGUACUCCCUGUAUUCUCGAGUAUCAGGUAAUAGAGGGAGGAAAUUAUGAUGUUGAUGUAAUCGUUAAAGCUCCAACUGGUGCAAUCCUAUACAACGAGCAGAAAAGGCAAUAUGACAGAUUCGAAUGGAGUGCUGAAAGUGAGGGAGAGUUCACUUUCUGUUUCAGCAAUGAGUUCUCCACAUUCACUCACAAGAUCAUCUACUUUGACUUCCAGGCCGGUGAGGAUGAAAGGAUCAAGUCUAAAGAGGAUGGUUCUGGUCCUGUCACUCAGUUGGAAUCGACAGUGGCCAGCAUUCACAAGAGUUUCAAGCUGACGAUCGACCACCAGACUCACUAUCGACUGAAGGAGGCCCAGGACCGAUCGUUUGCAGAAGACUUGAAUGAAAGAGUCCAGUACUGGUCGAUCGGACAGACAAUCAUCAUCUUCGUGGCAGGCAUCGGGCAGAUCCUCAUUCUCAAAAGUUUUUUCACCGACAAGAGGCCGUCGAAGGCUUCAACGUGAUUUGUUGUAUCUAUCGUUCAUCCUCAAUAAUUUGUUUGGUUAAUUUAUUAUAUUCAUUCUCAAUACUAUUAUUACUGUUAUUUACAUUGAUAAAUUAUAUUUUUAAUUCGAAAGUGUAAUUUUAUAUUCAUUUUUUAGUGGUGUUUUUUCCUCUGUUAAAUUGUCAAAAUAAAAAUUUUGUUGAUAGUUUAUAUAAUUCAGCAAUUUUGAAUAUUGUAUUAUAUAAACUUAUUAUUAUUUGACUGGAUUAUGUUUGCAGUUGAACCGGGCCUCUGCAUAGCUGCCUACCAGAGUAGUACAUAGCUCAUUACUGCUCCUACGUGUCGAGCAUUUUACAUACCACAUGUUUAUAAUAGCAGGAUAUUAAUUUAUAGUUUUUCCACCAAAUGCGUUUAUCAAACAAACAUGGUUGAUAUUGUAGCUUUAUUAAGUUUGUUUACUUCUUCGUUAUGACAUGUUAAGUUUUGUUAGAACGUUUCGUUUAAUGAAGGAGGUAGUUGGUUGGUUAUUAUAUCCAGCAAGAUGUCAGAAUCGGAUGAAAAAUAUCCAACUCUGGCCUCUCACAAAAUUCUGGCUUUUGCAAAAAUUUUCGGCAUAGGUUAUAUUUAAGAUUGUGAUGUUUUUUAAGAGAUUGGAGCAUUGUUUUUUCAGCAAAAUACAACAGACAGCGUUUCUGAGAGGCAUAACUCGAUAGAGGUGCUUAUGUGUGAAUGUGAAUAGGUGUUUGUAUAUAUAUAAUUUAUAUAUGUAUAUAUAUAUAUAUGUUUAUGUUACUAAUUCUAUGUUUAUUAUGUUGGAAAUAGAUUGAUUAAUCAGCCCACCUAAUAUAAUUAUUACACAUUGCCGUUAGUUUCGCUGUCACUUUUCCGGUAUGUCUGAUUGCUAUCAAUCAAUCAAUCUUCGUUUAGCGUCCAGAGACCCAGUUUCCCGAGGUAGGACGUGAUUGAUUGAUUGAUUGAUUGAUUGAUUGAUUGAUUGAUUGAUUGAGUUUCGCUCUCACUUUUCCUGUAUGUCUGAUUGCUAUACAUUUUCUGUGUUAUUUUUUUUCUGCUUUCUCAUCUAUAGUUGAAUAUAAUGUAAUCUUACGUCAGUAGUAAUCCUAUAUAAAUAACGACUUUGAAUAACGCUUAAUAAUAAUAAUAUAAAUAAUGCUUUUGAAUGGGCUCGAUUGUAAUAAUGGUAACUGUAUUCUUUUGGUUUCGUCCAUUUAUUAUUCAUAUAUGAAAUGGAACUCUGGUGUAGUUUAAGAUUCGUAUUUGCAUUUGUUUGUGGUCGGAGCUAAACGUUUGUACCUAUUCGUGCAGCCUUUUUGUACAUCAAACAUAAGAAUGUAUUAAUCUUUUUAUUAUUACAUUUGGAUCAAAAUCAUUCUAUAUAUGAAUAAACUUAUUAGCAACAUGUCUAAUGAAAUUAGACAUGCAUUUAUGAAUAUUUUUAGUUUUUAAUGCGUUUCUGUUUUAUUA